AUGCUCACCUUCUGCCCCUCGUGCGCGAACAUGCUCCUCGUGACCACGAACGCCGCCGGGGCCGACGCCUCCCCGUGCCUCAAGCUCAUCUGCCAGACGUGCCCGUACGCCUACGACGUCACGAAGACGCUGCGCGACGACGUGCCGGUGACGCGGAAAGAGGUGGACGACGUCCUCGGCGGCGACGACGCGUGGAAAAACGUCGACAAGACCGCGGCGACGUGCCCGAAGUGCGACCACGGGCAGGCGUACUUUAUGCAGAUACAGAUACGAAGCGCAGACGAGCCGAUGAGCACGUUCUUCAAGUGCGUGAAGUGCGGGAACCAGUGGAGGGAGGGAUGA